UAUAUUUAGCAUUUGCUUCUACCAACAAGUAUGACUGACAAAAGCACCACUUCUUGUUCACCAAAUUUGUUUCCUUUUCAAAGGAUGCAUUCCAUUCUGUUCUUUGUCUUCUUCAUACUUUGCUUCAAUGGAUCAACAAUGGUGGAUUCCCAGGACACCUUUCAACUUCCUUCUCCUUUACCCAAAUGGCCUCCAGGCGGAGGAUUUGCCACUGGAAACAUAGAUCUUGGAGGAUUACAAGUGAGUCAGGUAACAAAACUCAACAAAAUAUGGGCAACAAAUGAAGGAGGACCCGACAAUCUCGGUGCCACAUUUUACGAUCCAGUUGAGAUCCCACAAGGCUUUUCAAGUUUAGGCUCGUAUGCACAACCAAACAACCUCCCAUUUUCCGGUCAAAUUCUCGCCGGAAAAGAUGUAUCAAACGACUCCUCAAAACCCACUCUCAAAUCACCAACGGAUUACACACUUGUUUGGACCAGUGAGUCUUUAGAUAUCAAGAAAGAUGGUGAAGCUUACAUUUGGCUCCCAAAUGCUCCCGAUGGUUACAAAGCCGUCGGGUACGUCAUCGGCAACUCGUCGGUGAAACCACCGGUGGAUAAAGUCCAAUGUGUCCGUACAGACUUAACCGACACCACAAACACAACGGACCUUGUAAACGAUAACGUUCUUUAUCUGGAUGGGCUAAGCGUACGUGGUUCCAUGAAUGGUUUCGUGGUUCGAAAUGGAAGUGUAGCGAGUUUGAAGGGUAAUUUAUCCAAUUCAAUGCCGAAUGUAAACCAAAUCAAAGCAUUGAUCGAAGCUUACUCUCCGGUGAUCUACCUCCAUCCCGAUGAACCUUAUCUCCCAUCUUCAGUCGACUGGUUUUUCCAAAACGGCGCUUUGCUAUACCAACGAGGGGUCGAAUCCAAGCCGAACCCAGUUCAGAAAAACGGCUCGAACCUUCCACAAGGUGGCUCGAACGAUGAGGCAUAUUGGUUAGAUCUUCCACGUGAUGGUUCGAGUCAAGAUCGAGUCAAGAAAGGAUCUUUACAAGAUGCUUCUGCUUAUUUCCAUGUUAAACCUAUUUCCGGAGGGCUAUUUACCGACAUUGCCAUAUGGGUUUUCUACCCUUUCAACGGUGGAGGAAGGGCAAAAGUGGAAUUUGUCAACCUCUCUUUAGGAAAGUUUGGUGAACAUGUAGGUGAUUGGGAACAUGUCACCUUAAGAGUUAAUAACUUUAAAGGCGAGUUACACAGUGUCUUCUUUUCGCAACAUGGUUGGGGUCAAUGGGUGAGUGCAUCGGAUCUUGAGUACCACUCCGGGAACAAACCGGUGGUUUAUGCAUCGUUGCAUGGCCAUGCAUCGUAUCCAAAACCAGGGUGUGUUUUGUUGGGUUCUGGUGGGGUGGAUAUUGGUGUCCGAGAUGACACUGCUAAGAGUGAUAAGGUGAUGGAUACUGGAGUGAGGGCGGUGGUGAUUGCGGCGGAGUAUAUGGGGACGACGGUGGUGGAACCACCGUGGUUAAAUUAUGAAAGGAAAUGGGGCCCAAAAAUUGAUUAUGACGUCGAUAAAGAGAUGAAUAAAGUGAAGAGGAUGAUGAUAGGGAAGUUAAAGAAGGCUUUUGAGAGAUUGGUGGAGAGUCUACCAAGGGAGAUGUUGGGUGAAGAUGGGCCAACGGGGCCAAAAGUGAAGAAUAGUUGGAGUGGGGAUGAAACUCUUUGAUUAAUAAAUUAGGAACUAGGAAGUGGUUGAUCAAAUAUCCAUUCUCAAGAAUGUAUGUAUGGUUAUAAUGUUAGUGGAAUCAUAAUUUAAAUAUUACUCUA